AUGGAUGUCUCCAAUGCAUUUCUUCACAGUGAGCUUGAUGAGGAGAUCUACAUGUCUCUUCCACAAGGUUACACGCCAGCUCCUGGUGUAACAUUACCACCUAAUCCGUCUGAAUCUGAUACAAGCUUGUUUAUCAAGUCCUCUCCUACAUCUUUCAUUGCGGUGCUUGUGUAUGUGGACGACAUUGCUAUAGCCAGCAACAAUGAUGGUGACUUGAAAGCAUUGAAGAGUCUUCUUUCUGGAGCAUUCAGGAUUAAAGAUUUGGGUCCGAUGAGAUUCUUUCUUGGCCUUGAAAUAGCUCCUUCAUCCUCGGGAAUAUCCAUUUCUCAACGCAAAUAUACUUUGGAUCUUCUUCAGGACAAUGGUCUUCUUGCUUGUAAACCUGCUUGCGUUCCAAUGGAUCCUUAUGUCCAGUUGACGACAGAGACUGGUGUCGCUCUUUCAUCUCCGCGUCCCUAUAGAAAAUUGAUUGGCAGACUUCUCUACUUGAAGAUAACUCGUCCUGAUAUUACGUUUGCGGUUCACAAGCUCAGCCAGUACCUUCAAGCUCCUACUGAUGCUCAUAUGCAAGUUGCGCUUCGUGUCCUUAAAUAUCUUAAAGCUAAUCCAGGUCAGGGUCUCUUCUAUUCCUCUACCUCUAAGCUCUGCUUGAAUGCUUUUGCUGAUGCUGAUUGGGCUACAUGCCGAGACUCGCGCAUAUCUGUUACUGGUUUCUGUGUUUAUCUUGGCACCUCUCUUAUAUGUUAG